AAGAGGGAAAAGAAGAAGGAGAAGGAGAAGAAGAAGGAGCAGAAGAUGUCGGGCCAGAGCAUCACAGACCGUAUCGCGGCCGCUCAGUACAGUGUGACCGGGUCGGCUGUGGCCAGAGCCGUCUGCAAAGCCACGACCCACGAGGUGAUGGGACCCAAGAAAAAACACCUGGACUAUCUGAUACAAGCUACAAAUGAGACAAAUGUUAAUAUACCUCUGAUGGCCGACACACUGUUUGAGAGAGCGACAAAUAGCAGCUGGGUAGUGGUGUUUAAGGCUCUGGUUACCACACAUCACUUGAUGGUCCAUGGCAAUGAGAGAUUUAUUCAGUACCUGGCUUCUAGGAAUACAUUGUUCAACCUCAGCAAUUUCUUAGAUAAAAGUGGAACACAUGGUUAUGAUAUGUCUACAUUCAUUAGACGAUACAGCAGAUAUUUAAAUGAAAAGGCAUAUUCGUAUAGACAGAUGGCAUUUGACUUUGCGAGAGUCAAGAAGGGGGUUGAUGGUGUCAUGAGAACUAUGGCUCCAGAUAAAUUGUUGAAAGGCAUGCAGAUAUUUCAAGGACAUUUGGAUGCACUACUGGAGUUUGAUGUAAACCCAGGUGAAUUGACAAAUGGAGUAAUAAAUGCUGCUUUCAUGCUACUUUUCAAAGACCUAAUCAAACUAUUUGCCUGUUACAAUGAUGGAAUCAUUAAUUUAUUAGAAAAAUAUUUUGAAAUGAAGAAAGGACAGUGUAAAGAAGCUCUAGAAAUUUAUAAAAAAUUCCUCACAAGAAUGACCAGAGUUUCUGAAUUUCUUGUAGUUGCUGAACGAGUAGGAAUUGAGAAAGGUGACAUUCCUGACCUCACACAGGCUCCCAGCAGUCUCCUUGAAGCUCUUGAACAACAUUUGAACACACUGGAAGGGAAGAAAGGUGGCAAUAGUGAAGGAACUGGAACGCCAGUGAAUCAGGGCUCUCCAGACAACAUGUCUCCAAAUUCCACUCCUGGAAAAAGUGUUGAUGGAGCAUCAGCAGUUGAUCUCUUCUCCUCCCCAUCUUCUGCAGCUCCAAUAAAUGCAUCCAAAUUAUCCAGUGACCUUCUCGAUCUACAACCAGACUUUACCGCUACAGUGCAAUCGACAGUUGCUGCUAAUCCACCAGCCAGUGCUUGGGGAGAUCUCUUGGGCGAAGAUUCUCUGGCUUCUGCCCUUCCUAAUGCCUCUGAGGCACCACCUACUGAUUUGUUUGCAACAGAGGUUUCCCUGACAACUCCUUCCACAACUGCUGAUGCCAUUGCUCCUACACCUACACCUCCUGCUGUUACGUCAACUACCACUGAUCUGGAUCUGUUCGGAGAUGCAUUUGCAACUUCUCCUAGUGAAGAGUCAGCAACGCUUGAAGGGGCAGGAGCACCAGCAGCAGCACUCCCUGCAGCAGCAGCACUUGAUGCAUGUGCUGGAACUGACCCCUUUGCCCCAUCUGAAGGUAGUGCAGAGGCUGCUCCUGAACUGGACCUUUUUGCUAUGAAGCCUGCUGAGGCCAGCGUUCCUGCAACUAUCCCAGCAACCACUGCAGUUACCAGUACAGCUACCAGUCCAGCUACCAGUGCAACAACCAGUGCAAUGACCAGUGCCAUUACCAGUGCAACUACUAGUGUGACUACUACUGCUACUGUUACUGUUACUGCGACUGCUACUGCUACCACCACUGUUACUGCGACUGCUACUGCUACUACCACUACAACUGCUGCUACCACCACUGUCACCACCACUGCACCAGUUCUUGAUAUUUUUGGUGAUUUAUUUGAUUCCGUUCAAGAACAAAAUGCGUCUACAACUCCAAAACCAGACGCAGCUUCUUGUAUAGACCUGUUUGCCUCAGAUACUUUUUCAACCCCAUCUCGUGGGGCUUCUCCUCUGCCUGAGAGUAGUCUCACUGGUGAUCUGUUAUCUGUUGAUGCUUUUGUAGCACCGCCACCUACAAUCAGUGCCUCUCCUGCUAAAUCAGAACCUUCAGCGGUACUUGAUCUGUUUGGUGAUGCUUUUGGCAGUUCAGCUGCCGAGCCUCAAUCUUCCACCCAGGCUGUUUCCAGUUCAUCUGCUUCAUCGGCGGAUCUGUUAGCUGGCUUUGGAAAUGCAUUUAUGGCAUCACCUGCUGCACCUUUGCCUGCAGUUCAAAACAAUGUUUUGCAGCCCAACUUUGAAGCAGCAUUUGGUAUGACAACCACAGGCGGGACUUUUGAUGCAUCAGUUUUUGAUGGAUUAGGUGAUCUUCUUAUGCCCACUAUGGCAGCACAGGGUCAAGCAAUGCCUUCCGGGAUGCCAACAGUUGCUGGAAUGCAAUCAUCAGCAAAAGGCCUUGGAGGUGACCUGGAUUCCUCUCUUGCAAAUCUUGUAGGAAAUCUGGGUAUUACUCCUGCUCCAGGAAAGAAGAGUGACCUUCAGUGGAACGCUUCUGAAAAGAAAUUGACAGGAGGAGCCAACUGGCAACCUAAGGUUGCCCCAACUACAGCUUGGUCAGCAGGUGUUCCACCCACCACUCAAAUGAAUGGUUGGCCAAUCCCGGGUUAUGGAGCUGCUCCUCCUGUUGGCCCUCCACCCACUGCUCAGCCUGUCCCUGGAUUUGGGAUGCCGCCCCCAGGUGCAGGUGUGUCCAUGAUGCCUCAGCAGCCAAUGAUGUACUCUCAACCCAUGAUGAGACCACCGUUUGGAGCUGGAGCCGUACCUGGAGCUCCGCUCUCCCCAAGUCCAACGCCUGCCACUCAGAGCCCCAAGAAACCACCAACAAAGGACCCUCUAGCAGAUCUAAACAUCAAGGAUUUCUUGUAAACAUAAAAAGCUGCAGUUCAUGCGAUAAUGGGACCCCUGAAGAUUACACAGUUAAAAACUCAAUACUUCAAGCAAGCCACCAGUUAUGUUUCAGUGCUUAUUCAGACUUCCAUAUUGUAAAAGGUGUAGCACAACUGUGAACGUAAAUCUUAGAAAUGUGUACUUUUUGGUGUUAAAGCCCUAAAUUAUCAGAAGUCGUGUAUUUUGGAUUAAGUGUUUUGCAACUUGAAAGGUGGGUGUAUGUUACUGAUGCCUUUUAGUGCUUCUCUGUACCUAGCUGGAAUGCUUAGGUUGCAGAUUUGCAGCUGUUGUGUGAUGAACCAUUUGGAGUAACGUGUUUGUAUUUUUGAAAGUGCAAAUGUAUAUAAUUUAAUUGCAGAGCCUAGGAUGUCACGUCCGUUCUGUAUACCUGUUACAAGCUUAUAAUCCUCAUUCUGAUAGCAAUUUGCAUAUACAUUAAUGUGCUCUGCAUCCUUUAAAUCUUCCAAGUCUGAGGUUUUGUUGUCUGAAACAAUUCCCACGUGCAAAUUGGGUUAAACUUUCUAUAAGACCUAUUUUGUAAGGAAAGGUUUUUUUGUGCAUUAUGUUCAGAAUUAUUUAUAAUUCUUUAAAGUAAUAUAAAAUUUGAUGUGUUAAGCUUCCAUAGUCUGCACUCAUCUUGGCAUAAGGAGGUAUUAUUUGACAAAUGAUAUGCUAAGACAAAUAUUAUCUAAACAGAUUGCAUAUUUAUAUCUAUACGUAUGUUAAAAUGUCAUAUUUAAUUUCCUUUAAGUUACAUAUUAUAUUCUUUCUCGAUGAACCAGCACUAAAAUAUUGAAGAGACGCAGUAUGAAGGUUCUUACUUUGGCAAAGACAAUAGUGGAUUAAGAUUCUCAGGUGUCUCUUCAUUAAAGGGAUUACAAGCUCGUUCAAAAGCACUUUUUCUGCCCAAUAUCAGCUGUUUCAUGUCAGGGUUUGGAUUCCCAUAAAAGCAGCAUAUCUUAACUUACUUUUAAAUGUUUAUUUUAAAGGUCGUACUUUUAGCAGAAGAACAUUGUUGUCUGUAAGUUUUUAUAUUGUGAAUGGGUAGUCUCAAACCUUUACCCAGAAACACAUCCGCAUUUUUUCCACCUUAAAAAUUACAUUUACUGUGUGAUUCCCAGGGAAGUUUCACGUUGUUUGCGUAAACUGCUUGGCAGAUGGUGUCAGCAUCUACAGAAGAGUUCACUGUUGAUCAGUGGUAUUAGUGUUCUCAGGCAUGGCAGCUGUUUUGUAAAAAGGCUAUGCAGUUUGAAGAUGUUUCACUUCUGUCUCUUCAAAUCUAUCAGUAUAUCUAUAUAUUGUACCAUUCCAAGUAAAUGUAUCUGCAAUUAAUGUGGGGAAAUACAUUACAUUUAAACUAUUACCCUUUUUAUUUAAAUUUGUUUGAUUUUCUGUUAAUGAUCCAGUGCAUGUACGCCCUUUGAGAUGCAAUAAAUCCGUUGAACAUAGUAAACAUACAAAAAUGUUUCUGCUAAGGUAAUUGCGUACAUGUUUUUCGGUGUCCACAUAAAGAGGUUUAUUCUGAGGGUAUUGAAAAGAGCAUUUUCCUUUUGCAUUCAGGUAUAGUUGGGUUUUAUCAUUGUAUGGAACAGUAGAAAAUCUAGGCUCCCAAACAUUGCUCAGAUAUGUAGCCUUAUAAGAAAUCUGCAUGCUCAUUCCAUUUCUGAUAUCUAUUUCAGGCAUGUCAGAUCCGAAACUACUCAAUAAGUUACAGGAUUUAGAUUAGCAAACUCAACUCUGUGUCACUCUAAUACAGUAGAAUUGUAUUACGCCCAUUAAUGGAUAUCAGUAGAACCCCAAAGUAGCAUCCAGCAAUGUUUCAAACCUAGAUAUCUAAGCUCGAAUCAAACGUAGAUAUCUAAAGUGAAGCGGAACCACUGAAGACUACUACUUAAUCACUAUGGAUCUGACCUUUGUGACAUAUGUAACAUAAUUUAGUGUCCUAUCGUAAUACAAACCUGCUUCGUUCAGUGAAAUCAAUGAUAUAUUUACCAUGUAUGGCACUAAUCUCUUAAGUAGGCUUACUCUCCUUUGGCGCAAUUGGACAAUGCUACUUUAGCUGAAAGUUCUAAUUUUGUGUCCCUUUGCACUUAAGUUAUAAAUUCAGAAUAUGUUGAAAGUACUGUUUGGAGUAGUAAAGUUAUUAAUGUGUGUGGAAAAAUGGGUACAGAGUGUGCUGAAAAGGCCGUUCUUCAAUUCUUUCAAGUUUAACUUUUAAAUGGGGGAGGAAUUUGUUGCUCAUCUUUUUUUUAAAAAAAGCAUGGACUGGAUUCAUUUACAUAUAAAAUAAUGAUUGUGCAUUAAUGAACUCACCUUUUACAUAAUUCUUUGCAUAAGGUCUUUAUUAUUCCUAGUUAGGAUGUGCUCCACUGGUUAUGUGUAAGGUAAAAUCUGCACCAUUAAAAUUGAACAUGAAGAUUGAA